UCCCUUUUCUGGGCGACGCUUAAGCAGGCUAUUUUUAGCCCGGCUUCGGCGGGGGGGGGGACGGAGGAGGCCGGAGCCGCAGCCUCAACCCCGGGCGGACCAAGCGCGUGCCUAACCCGGCUCCGGCCGCGUCCGCCUCGAAGGGGCGUCCCCCGGAACGACGGGGAUGCUCGGGCGGUGAGCUUGCCGGCGGCAUGGAGGACGACUUGGCUUCCGAGGAGGACACGCUGCUCCUUUCGGAAAAGUUGUUCCACGAUGCAGCCAAACGAAACGACACGGCGUACAUGAUCGAGCUGAUCAAGAGAGGGGUGGAUGUCAAAGCUAAGAACAAUAUAGACAGGACCGCUCUCCACUGGGCUGCAGGAGCUGGCCAUGAACAGGCAGUCCGCCUUCUCCUGGAACACGAAGCCGGAGUGAAUGAUGAAGACAGUUUUGGGAUGAGCGCACUUCUUCUGUCUGCUUGGUUUGGUCAUUUACGUGUCCUUCAGGUUCUGGUCAAUGCUGGUGCUAAAACCAACUGUGUAAAUAAGAAUGGCCACAAUCUCCUACACUGUGCUGCCCAAAGGGGUCAUCUCAGGGUGAUGAAGUUCAUCGUGGAAGAUCUGGAAGAUGUGUGGCUGGAUAAGAAAGAUAAGAUGGGCAGGACAGCCCUUCAUCUGGCUGCAGAGAAGGGGCAGCUGGAAGUGGUGGAGUUUCUGCUGGGCCUGGGCUCAUCUCACAGCAUCAAAGACAAGGAGAAGAACAUAGCUCUUCAUUUGGCAGCCAUGAACGGACAUGCAGAUGUAUUACAGAAAUUGCUAGAAGUCGUCGUGGACCUAGAUGACAAGAAUGCAGAAGGGAUGACUUCCCUGCAUUUAGCUGCUGAGGGAGGACACAAUGAUUGCAUCCAUCUGCUUCUAGAAGCUGGCUGUGAAGUCAAUGCCCAAACGCAGAAAAAAAUGACCUGCCUUCAUUAUGCUGCACUGAAUGGCUAUGUAGACAUGGCCAAAACCCUCCUUGGUGCAGGAAUCCAGACAGAUGCUCUGAAUUACCAAAAUGCAUCAGCUAUGCACAUUGCGGUGCUACGGAACUACCCAGCCAUUGUCAAACUUCUCAUUGAUGCUGAAUGUGACCUUGAUGUUCCUGAUAACAGGCGACAGAGUCCUCUUCAUAUUGCUGCAGAGCACGGAAGGCAAGAUAUUGCUGAGUUGAUCCUCAUGGCUGGGGUGAAUUUAAAAUUAACCGAUAAGCAAGGAAAAACAUCUCUGGACGUAGCUGCUCGUGGGAACCACGUCAGUUUGGCUGAUAUGAUCAUCAAAGCCGACAGGUUUUACAAGUGGGAGAAAGAUAACCUCAACAGCGAUUCUGAUUCCUGGAUAAGUGAGCGUUUAACUUUCAAGCAAGACCAUCGGCUGGAAACGCAACAUAUCCGUUCGGUGAUGUGGCGGCUCGCAACCAAAUACCUCAAGGCCAACGAGUGGAAGAAACUUGCACAUUAUUGGAAAUUCACGGAGGCGCACAUCCGUGCAAUUGAACACCAGUGGACAGGCACCAAAAGCUACCGAGAACACGGCCAUCGGAUGCUGCUGAUAUGGCUUCAUGGGACCAUCAUGGCAGGAGAAAAUCCAAUCAAAGGAUUGUAUGAAGGGCUGGUCAGCAUCGGGAGGAGCGACUUAGCAGAAAGUAUCCGGAAACAAGCAAAUGCAGAUUCGCCCGCAUCGCCGCGCAGGUGUUCAGCAAUGUGAGGUCCGAGGUGCUUCACAACAUGGGCUCCGUGCGACUCUGCCAGACAGAACUUGCAACAAAAGGGCCACCAUUUCCAAGGGCUUCUUGCCAUCUUGAAUGGCAACCUUUCCAAUCCAGAUCAGGUCCACGUAAACCGUCUUAUGGGCAGACUCCGUAUCACAGCAAUGCAUCCGUAGGGCCUCAGUUGGAAAGAAGGGGGAAAUAGCCGAUUUUAUUCUCUUCCCCCCACCCCACCUGCCCGAGGUCUGAGAUAAGGUCUAAAGCUGACUUUACAAGGGAUUUUUAUCUAUUCUUAUCAUUGCCAUACGAUCCCAUUGAUUUAAUGUUUAUUGAGAUUCUCGGUCAUCCCGUUGACUUGAUAUCUGGAAUAACGGUCAAAACAAAGAGUAGGCUUACACCUCUUUAUACAUGUCCUUAAUUGGAAAAAUUUCACGCCUGGGGGGUGGGGGUGGGGGAGUUCAGCAUCCAUCCAGCUUCCUGUUGUUCUGUGUUGCGGUAACACAGCUAAUGCCUCUUAAAAACUCUUGGCUAAGCCUCACACCAUAGCAACCAGAUUGCAAACCAGCAUUGCUAAGGGCGAUCAUCACUCUGGUUGCCAACAGUCUCUUCUUGGUCCAGAGUUAACUUGUUUCCGUCCUGUUCGUGUUGCUAUCUUUGUUUUCAAAUGAAGAGUUCAUAAAGAUGCAUUAAGGCAGGGGGUGUCCAAACUUGGCCCCUUGAAAAGUGGUGGAGUUCAACUCCCAGAACUCCCCAACUGUUGUGCCUCAUCCUCCCUCCUCUCCUCAGCCCGGUGCCUCCCGUCUCCUCCUGGGCCUGUUAUCAGACUUCGAGUCUGAUAAUGAAGAUGAAUGGCUUGUCAUGCCUCCAGCCCCCGGCCCUGGACCCAUGCCCAGACAGGAUGUCAGGAAUGAAUAAACAAAACCUCACUCAGACAGCGUGUGCUCCUUUGGCUCAGCCAUCAGAGGAAGUCAGCCACGGAUUGGAAUUACUCGGGCCUACUCCUUCUGACCCCUCCCUUUCUCAAACAGCAGAAGACAAUUCAAAGUGGGAGGAUCCUCGCUUCCAGAGAUCUGAGAGGCGACGCCAGCAGA